AUGUCAUUAUUUCGCACCACAAUGCUCCCAAGGCAGCUCCUUGCGGCUCCCCGAUCCAUGUGUCUCCGCUACUCAUCCACUUCUACGCCUGAAAAUAUUGUUCUCCCCCGCUUGCAGUCCGACCUCAAGACGGCCAUGCGUGCAAAGAACAAGCCUGCUCUAAACACAAUCCGUGCCCUGCAAGCCGAAAUUAUAAACGCCUCAAAGACCGCCAAGCCAAUCACUACUGAUGGUGCCCUCUAUUCCCUCAUCCAGAAGCAAAUCAAGUCCUCUUCGGCCUCGAUUGAAGAGUUCCGGAAUGCGAAGAGGGAGGAUCUGGUAGAGAAGGAGCAGGCGCAGCUAGAUGUCUUGAACGGAUAUGCAAAAGAAAUUCCAACAGUAGAGGAGAGCGAGAUUGACGCGUUGGUGAAUAGCGCAGUCGAAGGAUUGGAGCAGGGCAAGAGGAAUGUUGGCGCCGUCAUGGGCAAAGUCAUGGCAGGCGUCAAAGGACGACCGUUUGACUUGGAGUAUAUCACAAAGAAAAUACAAGAAGCUGUUGGGGCCAAAUAG